GGGGUUAGACAUUUAUUUAUAAAAAAACAAAAAACAUUUUUCACUCUUGAAAGUGAAUUUAGUGUGUCAUAAGUUUUGUUAGAAUUGUGUUUUGACCAAAAAAGAUCAUUGGACAUUUCUUUUAUCCAUCAAUUGUGGAAUCUAUGAGCUACAACAUGAGGUCAAAAACCUAACAUAAAAGUCCACCAUUUUAGCUUAGAGGACUAAUAAAGUCAUAAUAGUAGUUCUGGGGUAAGUUAAGAUAGUGGCUCAACUGAGAAAGUAUAGGAGUCUGAUGAGAGGAUCAGAGUUUCAGUUCAGAUUGUUGAAAUGUUUGACUUUUUCUUUUUCAAAAAUACAGCCGUGAAUGCUCUGAAUCACUUAAAGGCAUUCUCCUGUUAAACUGGCUUUUUACAAAAAAGUUUUUUAGAGAUUGUAUGCAAUAAUAAUAAAAAAAGAAUUACUGCACCAGUUUAAUAGUGUAUAAUAGAUAAAAAUACACGAGUGUGAAGAAGUGACUGUCAUACAUGGGGUAAGUUGACCAUAGGAGACCACUUUUUUUUUGGCAUGCGAUAUUAUCAAGACAAUUAUGUUUACACUCAUUCUGUUGGUUUGCAGGGAUGCACAACAUCUUGAAAUAUAUGCAGAUACACUAGUUAGAGACAAAACUGUGAUUGCCUUGAUGUAGUGAUCCGAAAUAUGAAAAAUGGCUCAUCUUACCCCACUCUCCCCUAUCCUUCUAAGGUACCUUGCAUGCUUCUGAGCUGCUUGGCCUCAUUACAACUUACUGUAUUGUAGGAAUGCUUAAAACACAGAAAAGGAAAUUACAUUUUCCAAAACACAUUAAUAUUCCAUCGGCAGAGUAAUCAAUUAUUAUUGCUUACCAGGACAUGGUUAUGAACAUUAUAAAGGAAACUUUGAAUGAUUUCGAAGAGUCUACAAUACACAGGGAUAAUUGAUCUUCUUUUAAAAUACUUUUAAGGUCCUGAAUACAUUUCUAAUGAAAUCUUAUGAACACUUAACCCUUCAAUAAAAUUAAUGAAGGACUAUCUAAGAGGAUGAUGGCCAAUUCCAGCUUUUGCCUCUACUUGACUUUUGAUAGAUGUAUAAAGACAGCCAUUUAAUUGAUUGAGUGAAAGCACAUUAUAAUGUCUAACUUUGGGUGGAUGUUGGUUCAUCUUAUUUUAUUUCUUUUAUAAAAAAAGACUGUUUGUUUCCAUUGUGUCUUACAGGUAUCGUGUCCAGUCUCCCCACUCUCCCCUAUCAUUUUGGCCAUUCUGACUUUCCUGUCUCCUCUACCGCUCUAUCUAAUUGAAAAGCAACUCUAACUUGUGUCCCCCUUUUCUCUAUCCCUCUAGCUAAGUUUGGUUACUCUAACUUUCCUGUCUCCUCUACCGCUCUAUCUAAUUGAAAAGCAACUCUAACUUGUGUCCCCCUUUUCUCUAUCCCUCUAGCUAAGUUUGGUUACUCUAACUUUCCUGUCUCCUCUACCGCUCUGUCUAAUUGAAAAGCCACUCUAUCUUGUGUCCCCCUUUUCUCUAUCCCUCUGGCAAAGUUUGGUUACUCUAACUUUCCUGUCUCCUCUACCGCUCUAUCUGAUUGACAAGCCUUUCAGAAACCAUUGUGACAAGCCUUUCAGAAACCAUUGUGACAAGCCUUUCAGAAACCAUUGUAACAAGCCUUUCAGAAACCAUUGUAACAAGCCUUUCAGAAACCAUUGUAACAAGCCUUUCAGAAACCAUUGUAACAAGCCUUUCAGAAACCUAUUGAAACUGCUUCCAUUCAGAAACCUAUUGAAAUUGCUUCCAUUGAGAAACCUAUUGAAACAGCCACCUUUUGAGAAACCUUUUGAAACAUCAUUUUUGAGAAACCUUUUGAAACAUCAUUUUUGAGAAACCUUUUGAAACAUCAUUUUUGAGAAACCUUUUGAAACAUCAUUUUUGAGAAACCUUUUGAAACAUCAUUUUUGAGAAACAUUUUAAUAAAUCUUUUUGAUAAACCUUUUGCUAAACCAUUUUUGAUAAACCCUUUGCUUAACCCUUUUCGAGAAACAUUUUGAUAGACUAUUUUUGAGAAACCCUCUGAUAAACCUUUUGAAACUCCAUUUUUGAGAGGCCUUUUGAUAAACCAAUUUUGAGAAACCUUUUGAAACACAAUUUUUUAGAAACCUUUUGAAACAAUUUUUGACAAAACUUUUGAUAAACCAUUUUUGAUAAAUCGUUUUUGAGAAACCUUUUACAACACAAUUUUUGAGAAAACCUUUGAUAAACCACUUUUGGGAAACAUUUUGAUAAACCAUUUUUGAAAAUUUGAAACACUUGUACUUCUAAUACAACCACUGUUUUGAAAAAUCCCUAAUUCUGCACAAGUCUGAUUGUUGUUUUAGGUCCUCCUUUCCUGUCUGUGGAUCCUGAGUUUCACCAGAAGUGUUGUCAGCAGCACCACCACAUCUGCAUCCCUGAUUUUAAAAGAACAUAAAAACACGUUUCAUAUAGAGUAUUUGAGUUACAUAUUAUUUCAAGCACAAAGUCUGAAGAUUUAAAAAUUGUUGAUUUGUGUUUUUUCUUAAAACAUUUAUAUAGUCUUGCCUAGGAUUUUCCUAUAAAACAUUUGAUCAAGUAUUGUUGGCAUACACACAGUUAUAAAUUAGAUUUUUUUCGAGACUGUAAAAGCUGUUAAAUAACAAUCUCUCUUUAAGAAAUAAAGCAUUUUGUCUAUACUGGUGCUUAUCGUUAACUUUAAAUUGUUGAAUAAACACAUUGUUGUGAAAGAACAGCUACAAUGCCAAGGAAGAGUAAGAAGUCACAUGUUGCAAGCCAGCGCUGGCAGAGGUUACAUGACAUUGACUGUGUAAGUGUGGGACAAGCAGAUGGUGUUCCUCAGAGCAUAGGAGAGGUGAAGAGGUCUGAAAUAUCUGAUGCUGUGAAACGGGGAGGUCAAAGUGCAUCAUGUCAACCACAGGUAUCUAAUGCAGACAUGCUUAAGAGGAGACGUUUAAGCGAGUCACCUGCAGCAGGUCCGCCUAACUCUGAACAGGUAAACUACAGAGGUGAAACUAGUGAUCCAGGUGAACAACAGGUAACAUAUGCAGACAUGGUAAAGAGAAAACUUCCUCGUGUGUCAUGUACUGCCGGUCCGUCCAACUCUCGUCAGGUAAACUACGUAGCCCAAACCGACAAGCCAUGCUCAACCCAGGUAUGGUAUGCUGACCCUGUUAAGAAGGGAAACCAUAGUAAUUAUCAGUCUGUAUCAGCCUCUUCUCGGGCAAGAAAUGUUAAUGCUGUUAAUCAGUCCGGUGAACAAAACGUCUGUGCGUCACGCAGCCAAGCGUCUCUGAAAUACGGCCGAUCCAGAAACCAGCAGUGCACCUGUAAUUCCCUGACAUUUCUAGCAUUCCUGUAUGAGAAUGAAAACAUCACCAGAGCAGAUCUGGACCGUGUUAUGGAUAAAGGUGAUGUGAUGUAUAGAGAAGUCAGAAAAACUGUUGAUCACGCCCAUCUGACAACCGAUGAGCUCCCUCACCGGGUUCCUGCACGCAGACACACGCAGAAUGUUGACAGGUCACAGCUGUCUAGAUACGGUACGUUUGGAGAUCCGGAUCCCGGAGCUGUUGAUACCUUUCUGGACCUCAAGUCGGGACUGAGCUGCUUAUUAUCAGAUGUGCAGUAUGCUUUGCUGUUGAUGACUUCGCUGUGCAUUGCAGUUUUCAGAACCAGAGAUGGCAGGUACGGUUUCUUCGACCCACAUGCUCGGACAGCUAACGGUUUGCCUCUGCUUCGGGCCACGCCUACUCCUGGUACCGCUGUCACGGUUACAUUCACACGCCUCAGUGACAUGAUUGACAGGCUCAUCAGAUAUCACCGCAUAUUGGGCACAGCAGCGUCCUGUAGCUAUGAGCUCAAGCCAGUUGUGUUCAAUGAUGAGAACCCAAGUGAUGCUAUCUCAGCCACAGAAAGUCCGUCCACAAGUCCCUCUGUCACAACCACUGUGAUAAAUGAUGACACAAGUGCUCCACAGAUGAACACUGUUGUCAGUGAAAACACUGAACAUGACAUGGAAACUGAACCAGAACCACUAAUCGACUUCAGCCAGUGUUCUGUCACAUUAACUGGUCCUGAAUCUCUCGCUCCAGAGAUGAACACUGAUGUAAGUGAUGACUGCCAUGACACAUCACAGAAAAUCUCAACUUUGAUGAAAACACAAACACAUCAACGAGGUCAAAUCAGCAUGAAUUCUGUCACAUUAGAGGAAACUCAAGAGACGCAAUCAAAUUUGAGUCAACCAUUGAAAAAUAUCACUUUGACAAGUGACAAUGUUGUCCAUGACAUUGCCAUUCAACUGUCAAAAAUUAAGAAACAACAAAGGAAAAGAUAUAAGAGGAGACUAACGACAUCACAAAAGACAUCACAAAAGACAUCACAAAAAAAAGAAAAUCAGAAAAGGAAAGAAAGAGAAAGGUAUGCAAAGGAUGAAACAUAUAAAGCGAAGAAAAAGUCUUAUUCAAGUAACAUAUACUCUGUAAAUCCUGAGAUACAGACAAAGAAAAGACGAAAUAUCACAACUAAAUAUAGAGAAAGCACAGACUUCAGACUAAAACAAAAAGAAUAUAUCACACGAAAAUACAGAGAAGAUGUUGCAUUUAAAGGCAGACAAAAAGAAUAUUUCAGGAAAAAAUACAGAGAAAAUGUUGAUUUUAAAGGCAGACGAAAGGAAUAUAUCAGGAAAAAAUACAGAGAAAAUGUUGAUUUUAAAGGCAGACAAAAGGAAUAUAUCAGGAAAAAAUACAGAGAAAAUGUUGAUUUUAAAGGCAGACAAAAAGAAUAUAUCAGGAAAAAAUACUCAGAGGACGUUAAUUUCCGGCAAAGACAGCGAUCUUACAUCAAUCAUCGAUAUGCAAAUGAUGAUAUAUUCUGUCACAGACACAGACUGCUGAUGAGACAAAUGAUGCGAGACAGGUAUAAGAAAAAUCUUGCAUACAGGACUAUGUAUAAAAUGAGAUGUGCAUUGAAAAUAUUAAAGAAAUACAAACAGAUAAGUAAACAAAUAUGUGAGACUGACAGAGAGAGUGAAAACCCUUUGAUUGAGAGUGCCAUAAAUACUUUCAGAUCACACAUUAAAGCUGGUCCUACCUAUGUUUGCACAGUUUGUCACAAAGCCUCAUUUCCAAACCAGGUACAAAAGUGUAAGAGGUCCAACUAUGUGAAAAAUCCAGCUAUGGUUUCAGCUUGUCUCAAAGGUCAGUACGUCCAUGAGUGCAAUGAUGGCUGCAGAAACCAGUGCACUGUCCCUGAUGAGAGAAAGACUGAGUGGAUUUGUCACACCUGCCAUGACCAUCUGAAAAAUGGAUCCAUGCCCAAACUUGCCAUAGCAAACAACUUGGAGCUUGCUGACAUACCACCUGAGCUGUGUGACCUUAACAUACUGGAGAGACAUCUGAUAGCAAAGUGCAUAACGUUCGCAAAAAUCACUCCUCUUCCCAAAGGCAGACAGAGAGCUAUACAUGGUAAUGUUGUAUGUGUUCCCUCUGAAGUCCAGGAGACAAUUCAGGCUCUACCCAGAUUGAGAAAUGAGUCUCAGGUGAUGAGAGUAAAACUGAAGAGACGUCUGAGCUACAGAGGUCACCAUCUGUUUCAGACUGUUACCUGGUCCAAGCUAGUGCAGGCUCUGCAUAAGCUGAAAGAGAUACACCCCCAGUAUGAAGACAUCACUAUUAGAGAUGAGGAGGAGUUAUGUGACCCCACACUUCCUGAUGAUGGUGAUGGUGAUGAGGAUGAGGAUGAUGAUGAUAACACAAUGAAUGAUGACGACUAUGAUGAUGAGGAUUUGAUGGAGAUUGAUAGAAUUGAGGCUGCUGCCAUGUAUGAGGCUGAAACUAAUGUUGAAAAUGAGGAUGAGAGUACAGAGCCGUGUGAUAAAAGUCAGACCCAGGACAAUGAUGAUCAGACACAACAACAGGACGCAGACAUAUCUAAUGGUGGUGUUGUUUUGGAGUCGUGCCUUCAGCCACGUGAUGUUUCUGAGGAUAUAUUGUGUUUCAGUGACUCGACAUACUCAGUAGCUCCAGCAGAGAGAAACAGUCCAGUCAGUUUUUUCAAAACACCCAAACUGGAGGCCAUGGCGUUUCCUGUUCAAUUUCCCACUGGUGAGAAUACACUAGAUGAAAACAGACCAAUGAAACUAUCACCCAGUAGUUAUUUUAAAGCAAGGCUCUUUGGUGUUGAUGAUCGCUUUGCCAGAGAUACCAACUACCUGUUCUUUGCACAGUUUGUGACUGAAAUACACUUGGCUACCUCCAGCAUGUCCAUACAGUUACGCAAAGGCAAACCUUUGACCAGAGACGGACGUAAAAUAACAUCCAGAAUGUUGAGAGACAAAUAUGAAGUGGAGAGACUGGUGAGAAACAGAGACGCUAUCAGAUUUAUGCAGCCGCUCAGAGGAACACCAGCCUACUGGGACAAAACUACAAAAGAUCUGUUUGCUAUGAUCAGACAGUUGGGCAGUCCUACUUUCUUUGUCACAUUUUCUGCAGCAGAAAUGCGUUGGCCUGAGGUGAUUAUUGCAAUAAAAUCACAACAAGGUGAGGAGGUGAAUUUUGAAGAGCUCGACUGGUCCACAAAGUGUGACAUUCUCAGAAGCAAUCCUGUGACAACGAUGCGCAUGUUUGAUAAGCGUGUUGAAGCACUGUACAGAGAUCUGAUCAUGUCUCCUGCACAACCCCUGGGCAAAGUUUUUGACUUCUUUUGGCGUCUCGAGUUUCAGCACAGAGGAAGUCCUCAUAUACAUGGUCUUUUGUGGGUAGAAGGUGCACCUGUGUUUGAGAGAGACUCUGACAAAACUGUGUGUGACUUUGUGUCCAAACACAUCUCUGCUCAGCUCCCUGACCCAAACAAACAGCCUGAACUGUACAAAAAGGUCAAAGAAGUGCAAAUACACAGUAAGAACCACUCAAAGACAUGUUUCAAAAGUGCAAGUUCUGGAUGCCGAUUUGGAUUCCCAAAACCACCCUCCAGACAGACAAUGAUAACAAGACCUGUGGGUGAUGAUGAGGAGUCAGAGAGACUUAAGAGAGCCAAAGAGAAACUUGCACCACUGAAUCAGCUGCUGAAUGAGACACAAACUGAAUCCAUGAGUUUUCAACAGCUCCUGUCUGUCUGUGACUUAACCGCUGAUGAGUAUGAGAAACACAUGAAUGUGAUGAGUCAGUCCAGCAACAUCAUUCUGAAGCGUGAGCCUAAAGACUGCUGGGUAAACACCUACAACCCUCACCUGCUCAAAGCUUGGGAUGCAAACAUUGACGUGCAGUUCAUUCUCAGCUACUACAGUCUGAUCCAUUACAUAUGUACGUACAUGUGUAAAAGUGAGAACUCUGUGAGCCAGUACCUGCAAACACUCAUUCAGAACUCCGACAGAGAAUGUGUCAAUGAAUGUGAUGAAAUGAAAGCGGUCAUGCAGGCGUAUUCCAAAAAGCGAGAAGUAUCAGCACAAGAAGCUGUUGCCCGAGUGACUUCACUGAACAUGAAAAAGAGUUCACGCAGUGUUGUUUUCAUCCCAACUGAUGACAACCCAGUGAAAAUGAGUCUGCCUGUGUCAAGCCUUGACAACACAACACCAGACAGCUUGAAUGUGUGGAUGACAUCCUUAACAGACAAGUACAAAUCCAGACCUGAAUCACCAGAGUUUGAAGAGAUGUGCAUGGCUGAUUUUGCUUCUACCUGCAGACUGGUGUAUGGUAAACAGACCAAGGGCAAGAAAGUGGUACCUUUGCUGAAUGAACUGGGCUUUAUACAGAGACGAGAAAGUGACAACGCUGCUGUCAUCAGGUAUCGCCGCAUAUCGAAAGAGAAAUACCCUGAGCAGUUUUACGGCACAUUGCUUAGACUGUAUCUUCCAUACAGAUCAGACGAUGAGCUGAAAAGACCAUAUUUUCCCACGUAUGAGUCAUUUUAUGAGAGAGGUGUGGUUCAGCUGCCGUAUUCUGACCGACCCCUGAGUGUGAAACUCAUUGUGAAAAGAAACAGAGAGAGAUAUGAAAAAAACAGUGAGGAAAUUGACUCCGCUCUCGAGGACUUUGAACAGAACAGAGGUGUGGUCGAUGAAUGGUGUAAUUUGGCACCUGAAUCUGAACUGGUGAGGUUGGAGUGUAUCGAUGAACUGGAUGCCCGACAGUGUGAAAAUGUCCAAGAGGAUGUACCGGAUUACAGCAGACAAGCAAAUGCUGCUACAGAAGCCAGAGUCAUGAGAGAGCCCCCUACAAUCGAUCCCACACGGUUACGACAAAUGUAUCAGAGUCUGAACCAGAAACAGGCACGUGUGUUCUAUGCAGUGAGAGACUGGUGCAUAAAACGAGUCUGUGGACGACAACCAGAGCAGUUUUUCUACUACAUCAAUGGUGGUGCUGGCACUGGAAAGUCACAUCUCAUUAAAUGCAUUCAUUCAGAAGCAUCAAAGAUUCUGAGAACACUACCUAGACGUGCUGAGGAAGCUGACAUCUCAAACCCGACUGUGCUGUUGACUGCUUUCACUGGAACUGCAGCCUUUAACAUCUCUGGAACAACACUGCACUCUCUCCUCAAGCUGCCCAGAAGUUUGAAACCUCCUUUUCAAGGUCUUGGGAACCAACUUGAUGAAAUCAGGUGUGAGCUUUUAAAUGCUGAAAUCAUCAUCAUUGAUGAAAUCUCCAUGGUGUCGAAGCCUCUGUUUGCCUAUGUGGAUGUGAGACUGAAACAGAUUAAAGGCAGCCACAGACCCUUUGGAGGAAUGUCAGUCAUUGCUGUGGGAGACUUUUACCAGCUACCGCCUGUGCGACAGUCCAAACCACUCUGUGUCUAUGAUCCAAGUGAGCUUGACCUCUGGAGAGACAACUUCCAGGUGAUCACUUUAGAUGAGAUUAUGCGACAGAAGGAUGACAAAACUUUUGCCGAGAUGCUGAACAGACUCUGUGUGAAAACAAGGUCAGAUGAGCUUUCUGAAGCUGACAGAGCUCUGCUGUCACAGCGUGUCACUGAACCACAAUUGUGUCCCUCUGAUGUCCUGCACAUUUUUGCUACAAACAAACAAGUUGCAGCACACAACUCUGCUACACUAUCUCUGCUCCAUUCUGAUAUCACCACCAUUGAUGCAGAUGACUUUAAAAAAGACCCACACACUGGACACAUGAAAAGACAAGGUGCACCAUGUCAUGGAAGCAGAAAUGAUCUACCUGACACACUAGAUGUUGCAGUAGGUGCUAGAGUCAUGCUCAUCAGAAACAUAGAUGUGUCUCAAGGAUUGGUGAACGGAUCAUUUGCGACAGUAGGCCGUCUCAUAAGCUCUGAAAACAAUGGUUCUGCUCUUGUCACUAUGCUUGGUCUCAGGAUGGAUGAUGAAACAGCUGGCAGGAGCUAUCGUACUCGAGGAGACAAUCUUGUGUACAUCGAGAGAUCUGAGGAGGCUCUGCAACAGAAAGGAGUGGUACGCAGACAGUUUCCUGUGAAACUUGCCUUUGCAUGCACGAUACACAAGGUUCAAGGUAUGACCAGAAAAUCUGCUGUUGUCUCUCUGAAGCACAUUUUUGAGCCCGGCAUGGCCUAUGUAGCUAUCAGUCGAGUGACCUCUCUCAGCGGACUGCACAUGCUUGAUUUGGAUGAGAGUAAAAUCCAUGCUAACCCUGCAGUCACUGUAUCUUUGGAGACCAUGACAUUCGCUAACUUUGAUCACCUCAUGCCUUUUCUCCAGAUCCAGCAUUCUCUCAGCAGACAGGACACUGUGAGCAUCAUUCAUCACAACACUGAAGGAUUACCUGCUCAUGUGAAUGACAUCAAAAGCCAUCAUGAACUGUGUCUUGCAGAUGUUUUGUGUCUGACAGAAACUCACCUACAGGGCUCCUUUGUGGCAGACAGUCUCCAGUUUGAGGGUUACACCAUGUUCAAACGCAAUAGACAUUUGUCCUACACUAACUUUCCACAGAUGGCCAGUAAAGGAGGUGGUGGAGUCGCUGUUUAUGUGAAAAACCAUUUGCAGGUUGUGGAGAAACAGUACCUGAAUAAUGUGACUGACCUUGAGUUUGUGGCUUUGAAGGUUGAAUCUCCUGUAAGUGCUCUGAUUGCAGCUGUGUACAGACCUCCAGACUACAGUGUGUCAUCAUUCCUGUCCAAUCUGGGAAACCUUCUGGACUCACUUGAGAUCAUGGACUGUCAUCCUAUAAUUGUCUGUGGUGACUUCAAUGAGAAUCUCUUUUCUAAUGCAAGUAAGCCAAUUCUGGAUUUCUUUCAGUCCAAGGGAUAUGGUCAACUGAUCAAUGCUGGUACAACGGACAAGAACACACUGCUGGACCUGAUCUUCAUCUCACGACCUCAGCUAUGUCUCUCCUCAGGUAUCAUGCAGACCUACUACAGUUACCACAAUGCCACUUACUGUGUUAUUUCAUCCAACAGGUCAUAAAGGAAACUGCUCUGAAGAUA